GGGCGAAGUGCAAGUGUUAGCAGACAGCGAUGCUGAGGCAGAGCGGGCACUUGUCGAGCAAGUUGUAGCAAGCCAUGGGGUCUCUCAGUACACACUCGUUGUGCGUCGGCUAAAAAAACAGUUUCCUAAUUUAACAGCUGUGCGUUCUCUGUGUUUCACCGUCCACCCUAAGGAAUGUUUCGGCUUGCUCGGCGUGAAUGGGGCUGGCAAGUCGACGACCUUCCAAAUGUUGACCGGAUUGGUGUUUCCAACGGCCGGGGACGCAUAUAUGGGCAACAUGGUCAUGAGCAAGGGAGUUCGACAGUGGCAGUCUAAAAUUGGCUACUGCAUGCAGUAUGGCGGCCUUAUUGGAGAGCUAAAUACGUUUGAAACCCUAUACCUGUUCGCUCGUCUACGUGGGGUGCCCGAAAAGGAAAUCCGUACACUGGUGGACAGCAUGAUCAAGGUUGUGGAUUUGUCGCUGCACGCGCAAAAGGUUUCUGGCAAUUAUAGUGGAGGGAAUAAAAGAAAGCUGAGCAUCGCAGUCGCCAUGAUUGGACUGCCCGAACUGGUGUUCCUGGACGAGCCAAGUGCCGGAGUGGACGUUGUCGCUCGAAGGAAAAUUUUCACCGUAGUGAAGAGUGUCAGGGCUGCUUCAGGAAUUUCAAUGAUUCUAACGUCGCAUAGCAUGGAUGAGUGCGAGGCAGCCUGUGACCGCAUCGCUAUAAUGGUUGCCGGUGAGUUCCAGUGUCUUGGAUCCCUUCAACACCUCAAGGAAAAGAUGGGCCAGGGAUACACCUUGGCCAUUAAGCUGACCUCCAAAGAUGAAUCUCAACAGCCAGCAUUUGAAGCAGCCGUGAAGAAUAUAUUUCCUGGAAUCCAGCUCGCAGAGUCCCAUCAGGGAAUGUACGAAUACCACAUAUUAGAAAUGCUGCCCUGGAGUGAGCUGUUCAAGCGCAUCGCCCUGUUGCGUAAAAAGUUUGCACUUGAAAAUGUCCUUGCAUCAGACACUACACUGGAAAAAAUAUUCAUCGGUCUUGCAAGAAAGGCUCUUCAACAACAGCAAAAUCAGCUACCAGGUGCUCAGGUCACUCCCCGACGUCCUGAUUCGCCUCCAGCACCGCCUACAGUAGCACCCUCAGCACAGCCUCCCACGAUGCACAAGUAGAGGCGCUACAGUGCGCAGACCUGCAAAGUAGAGGAACAAGGAACGUUUUGCCGUACAUGCAUUUCAGAAAUGCACAAAUGCCUGUUGUCAUUCUUAAUAAACUGCAGCUCAUUACAGUGCAGUCAUCAACUUUGCUUCGCUUACUUCUAACGCUUUGUGACCUUGUAUUAUUAAAUUUUGCUUCGCGGUAGAGCAUA